AUGACCUGCCCUGCACCUUCAAUCGAGUCGUCGGAGGGAAUCGAAAGAAGAAGAGUGGCGGGCCGAAGUACCGGACAUUCAACCCAUCAGCAUGCUGCUCAGCUAUCUCCGCCGGUGAUCGAGCCGCAGCCCUUUGGUCGCGGCUUUGGCAAACUGCACUUUGCCGGCUACAACCUGGGCGAGAUCAGCUCGCACAAUGGCAUCCCACUGUUCUCCCCCGAGGGCCAGGAAUGGGUACAAUCCCGGACCGGAGAGAAGGCAACGUUCGAGAAACUAUGCGCCUUUGGCCCGCCCUGGCAGAACCAGCAUCGCUUCUAUACAGCCUCCAUUCCGGCUGAUUUCCAGCGACUCCAAGCCUCAGUGGAGCUGCCAGAUAGAAAGAUCGUAGAGGAGUAUUUAUCGAUAUACCGCUCCUCCAUCAUUCGUCUGGUGUUUCCCUUCAUUGACCCCGUCCUCUUCCAGGAGACGUUGAAGCUGGCCUACGAAUCGCAGCAGGCUCCCAUGCCGGCUGGUGCGGCCAGUGCCAAGGCGUGCGUCUACGCUUUUCUUUCUGUGGUGUCGAUUUUCAAUCUAGACGGAGUGUCUCUCCUAGUAGAUAGCGAAGCUUGCUCCGUGAAAGCGCAGUGCUUUACCCCGCAACUUGUGCAGGAAACGACGAUUGACGGGCUACAGACCUCUAUCAUGCUGUGUCUCUUUCAGCUCUUCUCCGGAGACCUGCAAUCUGCCGCCCUGCUCAGUGCUAUUGCCUGCCGGGCCGUAUUCAUGCUGGGAGGCAAUACAAUGUCCGACACAGCCUACGUGACAAGUGAUCCAACAUCGCGGGUUCGAUUCCAUCUUCGGAAUCUGUUCUGGCUGUGUUACACCGUCGACAUCGAGAUCUCUCUGCGAUCCGGGCAGCCGCCCUCUAUCAACGAUGCAUAUUGCGACUUGACCCUGCCGCCACGGUAUGUCGAGAUGCAAUAUGCCGAUUUAUGUCAUGACGUGCCUAUCGACGACGAUUUGAUCGUUCCGUUGUUUCCGGGGGAUCUGCGACUCUCCAUCAUCAAGAUGCGGGCGUAUAACGCCCUGUAUUCGGUGAAAGCCCUGCACAAAUCCGACGCAGAGCUCCUGAAGGACAUCCGCGAGCUGGACGACGAGCUGGAGCAAUGGCGCAUGUCCGUGCCGCCGAAAUACCGGCCCACCCUGUCGUUUUCCCACGAGACGCCCUUCGUCGACAAGAGCAUGAAGUCGAUCAUCCUGCGACUGGAGUACCACCACUGCGUGGCGGCCAUCCAUCGGGCGAGCGGUCGUUGCCGUGUCUGGGCCGGUGGGCAGAGCGGUGAGAUGGAAGGCGUCAGCUCAAGUCUGGCGCUAUCUGUGGGAGCCAGUCGAUCGUCGCUGCACUACCUGCGGACGGCAGUGCACACGCUUACGGGGGACUGUUUCUGGAUGAUCCUUUUCUAUCCAAUGUCCGCUCUUCUCACCAUCUUCUGCAAUCUGCUUAUGAACCCACUGGACCCGCAGGCGAUCGAAGACCUGGAGCUCCUCAGCCGGGUGCCCGAGCUGGUGAAAGGGAUCCGGAUCCGCCAGCUGACAUUGAACGAGAUCCUGCACAUCAAGCUGGUCGACGACUUUGUCGCUGAGUUGAUCCGACUGGGCAAGUGUGCCGUUGCAAAAGCCCAGAGAGAGCGGGAGCAAGCCGAAACUAUCAGGCAAAAAAGCUGA